CGCAGCUGGCACGAGAACGGCUUCUACGACCUGGCGGCCGAGCUGGACUACGCGCUGGGCGUGACCGGGCAGCCGUCUCUCUACUACAUCGGACACUCGAUGGGCACGACGACGCUGCUGGUGCUGCUGUCCGCGCGCCCCGAGUACAACAGCCGCAUUCGCCAGGCCUCGCUCCUGGCGCCCGUCGUCUACUUCCAGCAUCCGCGGGGCCUUAUGGCCUCGGCCUUGCCCGUCAGCAAGAAGUUUGAGCGCGACCUCCGCGCCUCGCACGUGGAGGUGCUGCCCCUCGGCACCGUGCCGCUCACCCUCAUGAACAGCCUGUGCCACCCGGGCGCCGCCACCUACAACCUCUGCGUCGCCGUCUUCAUGCAGGUGGCCGGCCCGGACAGGAAGCAGCUCAACGAGACGCUCUUCACCACCAUCCUCGCUCACCUCCCUGCAGGAGGUUCGCUGGGCCAGUUCGUCCAUUUCGCCCAGGUGUACAAGACGGGCCAAUUCCGCCAGUACGACCACGGCGUCCGCUUGAACACGCGCCUCUACGGGCGGUCCCAGCCGCCGCUCUACAACCUGACCAACGUGGUGGCCCCCAUCGUCUUCUACUACGCCACUGGAGAUUACCUCUCCGACGCGAAGGACGUGGAGCGCCUGAUCAGCGAAGUCCCGGGCACGGCAGCGGUGUUCAAGGUCCCGGACAAGAAGUUCAACCACGCCGACUAUCUGUGGGGGACCAACUCGUACGAGCUGCUCUACAAGACCGUCCUGAAGACGCUGCGGGACUUCUAAGCCACGGGUCAAGGCUGGGGCGUUGCGGCUCGGUCGCGACCGGGCCGACUUCCACGACGGCGUGCUCCCGACGUUGUCUCUCCGACGGCGUCCUCUCGACGUCGUCUCUCCGACGGAGUCAUGCUCCCGACGGCGUCCUUCAUCCGGGCCGGGCGGGCCAUGGUGGAUUUGCUCGUCAAUGACAGACUGUGAUAAAGACACUCGAAGCGGGAUGGGUCACGGACCGGAAGGGAACGUCGAUCUCUCUCUGUGAUAAAAAAAAGAAAAAGUAAGAAAUAAAAGAAGAUUCGCCAGGUCGCAA